AUGUCGAGCCAUGAUCUCUCACCGUGUCCGUUGGAUCCCUCUGUCACUAAUCAACUUCUGGAAGGGGUAGCCCGGUCCUCCCCACCCUUCCGUGCUAAGAUCCGAAUAAACCCCGGCCCGAGAUCCGCACCACGCCACACGGACUCCCGCUCCGUCCGUCCCAUCCCACGGGUACACUCAAACUUUCAACGACCAGAGGCAAACAGCAGAUCAUCCGAAACUUCCAGCCAGGCAUUUCAUCUUCUCCCUCCUGCGUGGUUCCUGUGCAGAGAUGCCGGGAGUACACUCCCGCCGUGGAGCAAUGCGAGAUCAUUUACGCAUAGUCAAUGCAUACCAAGGCAGGAUAAUGUUCUGGAAUGGACGGAACAUACCAGGCGAAUCCUCUCACCCGCAGGAUCGGCAGUCCAGAACAGGGACAAGAAUGAUGCGGAUGACAUGCUGAGGUUAUCUACGACGUUUAUCCAAGGUACUUUGCUCAAGUGCACCGGUAUCGUCACAAUCCAAAGCUACAGGUACCUCGAAUACUUUCUCGCGAACACGGAAGCAUGCAAAUACCAAAACGAUCUGAUACUAUAUGCCAAGGUGGGCUUACUCGCUAAAUGGCGGGCGCAUUGGAACCACCGCGACGUCAUCCACUUUCCGACUCCUCGGCUCCGGUGGAACUUAGCUCUCCACCACCGACCAUCACUGUUGAAUCCCGUCCUGCCUCUCUACACCCUCCGGAGAAUCCGGCAAGCUGCCGGUACCAGACUCCAUCAACGCUCCACGUCAAUGUCAAUUUCACGAACCUCUACCCAAGUUUACGAGAUGACCAUAGCAGCAUCUGAUCCAUCACUUCUGCUUCAACCUCCCUCCCAUGUCAUAGUCACCUAG